UUUUUUUUUCUUUUUUUGUUUACUUUUUCCCCUUUUUAUAUAUACAUAUACACAACAAUGAUGGAAAGAUUUUCAAGGAAUAAAGCAUUUGCUAUGGUGCUGGCAGCGAUCUUUGCCAUAUCGUUACUGGCCCUCUUAUCUAAUUUGACACCCAACCAAUCUUUAUUCAAGGGUUCCACUGAGGAAGUGUCGACAUUGCCCAUGGCGGACGAUGGACCUGAAGAAGAAGAUCUCGUUGAAAUCAGUGCCAAACCACUUAGUGCUGACAAAUGGAAGCCCAAGAGCUGGGGACGUUUAAGUGAAGAGAUCGAAAAGGCUAUUAGUGAUAAUGUUCGUAUUGACAACAAGAAAAAGGGUCAAGAGCGUAUUUUAUUAACAGCAGUGGCCAACCAAGGCAUGGCCGAGUACACAUUAAACUGGAUUGCGUCACUAAAGAAGACAGGGAUGGAUAAGAAGUUCUUAGUAUUCGCUAUUGACGAAGAGAUGGUAGAGACAAUGAAGGAGCACGGAUAUGGUAAACAUGUAGUGAUGAUCCCCAAGCAGUGGUUCCACGAAAACUUAUCAGGUGAAUUUCAACCUUGGUUAUCCAAUGGAUAUACGCCUAUUACCCACUCCAAGUCACUUGUGGUGGAACGAUUACUCUAUACCGACGUCACUGUUUGGUUCUCGGAUGUCGAUAUUGUAUUCACUUCUCCAUCCAUUUACGAUUAUUUGUUGAUGAAGUUAAACAGCAGAAAACAAACAGAAACUUUGUUCUCUCAGGAAACCGAGCAAAAGAUUAUCAAUUCUGGUUUUUAUAUUAUGAGACCCACCAACACAAAUAAGCGUAUUUUGGAUGCCUCGAUCUAUAUUCAGGACUCUGAGGCAAAAAAGACCCCUCCUGUCACUCAACAGCGUGCUAUGAAUCGUGUCUUGGAUGAUUUAAAUUUAAACUAUCAAACAAGUAACAUCGCUCUCUUGGAUUUGGCUUUGUUCCCUCACGGUCGCAUGUAUUUUGAUAAUAAUGUGCCAACAAAGUUCGGAAUGACACCCAUGAUGGUGCAUGCUAACUACCGUAAAGGUGACAACAAGAAGAAGGAUUUGCAAAAAUUCGGUCUUUGGUAUAUAUAAUUGUGGCUGAUAAAUAAAUAAAUAAUAAAUAAAAGCUUUCCCAUUUUUCUAAAGACACAAGAUUUCCUAUUGUACUUAAAAUAGUAUAUGACCU